UCGAACCCGCAUCCUUAUGGAUCCUAGUUGAAUUUGUUAACCACUGAACCUCAAAGGGAACUCCGGGAACUUCGGGCCUCAGAGUUGCUCCCAGGUGGGACAUAGGGGGCUGAGCCUUCCUAGGAUGCUUUGCACCCUGCAUCCAGGACCCAAAGGUCACGGGGAAGAGGUCUCUUUGUCCAGAGCAAUUUCUGGCCCCUCCUGCCUGGGGCCACUCUCAGCUACAGCUGUCCCAUCCCCAGCUGGUGCUCAGGCUACCCAGCUGGCCUCAGUUUCCCUGCCCAAAUCUGGGCAUGUGGCCCAGGCUCAGGGGUUCUGACACUGACCCAUCUGGGACUUGGCACUGCCCAUGGAUCAAAACCCUCCCCCACCUCAACAGCUGACCAAGCCCCUGAACCCCAAGGGGCCCUGCCACACACACACUCCAACUUCUUUCCUGCCAGCCCUGAGGUCUGGGCCCAACAUGGUGAUGCAUCUAGACACUGAGAGACCCAUGGAUGCUUUGGGACAAGAGUUUGGCCUGAUUCCAGUGGGGGGCACCAGUCUCAUCCCUCAGGUGAGCUCAGGCCAGUCCCCGGGCUGCUGUCCUUCCUGAACAGGCAAGGAGGGACUGGAGCCUGUUGAGCUCCCGGGCUGCAUCCAGUACCUAUGUGCUCAUGAAAUCCCAGCAGCUUGGCAAAGUUGAAGAUGAGGCAUCUGGCUGAUGAGGAGACUGAGGCUUGGGCAGGUUAAGGAAUAUAAACCAGACACUAGAAAUCGGAGCUGCUUGGAUUCAAAAUCAGACCUGGCCCCAUUCCUGGGCUCUUUCUACUAGAGCAGACUGUUGCCUCAGGGACACCCCACAACCACCCGCUGAGUGUACCCUGUAGGGACCCAGGGGAGCAUCCGACCCCAGUCUUCAGAUCCAGGGCCCAGCCUGUCGGAUGGGAUGGCAGAGGGAGGAGGUAGCCAGACCCCCGCCCAACACGUGGCACAACCCCAGGAAAAGUCAAAGCCUGGCUGCAGGCCGGGGGCCGGCUGGGUGGUCCCCCAAGGGCUGCGUGGCUGAGCCACCCCCUCCAGACCCCUCCCACCAGCACAUUCCUGACUCCCGGGCCCCUCCCCCGGCUCCAGGGCCUCCCAGCCCCCUCCCCCGCUGGCCCAGCGGAGUCUUAAUCUGCUUCUGAUUCCGGCUCUGCCGACGAGGCCCCCUCCCCUCCCUCCCUCCCUCCUUCUCAGACCGAGCAGCCCCGCCCCCGGCUGGGCCCAGGCUUGCGCCUGCUGCGCCCCCCACCCCCUACUGGCACAGCUCGCCCGCCCUCGCUGCAGCCGGGAGAAGGCGGCGGCCGGCUCGCCCCAGGCCCCGCCCGCCCUCGGCCCGUCCCGGGAGGCCGGGAGACCUGCUCGACCCGGCCCCUCAGUGGGUGAGUGCGAGCGGCGGGCGGCGGGUGGGGCCUCUGCGGGCGGGGGCGACGCCUGUCAACGCUCCAGGCCCAGCGGGAGGGCGCGCCGACAUCCCCGCUGCUCUGCUCGGCCCGGGGCGUGCCCGCGGCUGCGCCCACCUCUGGACCCCGGCUGGGGCCACCCGGGGGCUCGGGUCGCUCGGCACUGCAGCGCCUCGGACCGGGUUUUCUCUCCCGAGGGGGGCGGCGCGGGGCCCCGACCGGCCGGCUGAUCCACGGCGGCUCCGGCCAUGCCCGGCUGGCCCUGGGGGCUGCUGCUGACCGCGGGCACGCUCUCGGCCGCGCUGAGCCUGGGGCCGCCGGCGCCCGCGGACCCCUGCCAUGACGAGGGGGGCGCGCCCCGCGGCUGCGUGCCCGGCCUGGUGAACGCGGCCUUGGGCCGCGAGGUGCUGGCGUCCAGCACGUGCGGGCGGCCGGCCACGCGGGCCUGCGACGCUUCAGACCCGCGCCGAGCACACCCGGCCGCCCUCCUGACCUCCGCGGGGGGCACCGCGAGCCCUGUGUGCUGGCGGUCGGACUCGCUGACGCAGGUGCCCCUCAACGUGACCCUCACAGUGCCCCUCGGCAAGGCUUUUGAGCUGGUGUUCGUGAGCUUGCGCUUCUGCUCGGCACCCCCCACUUCCGUGGCCCUGCUCAAGUCGCAGGACCAUGGCCGAAGCUGGGCCCCACUCGGCUUCUUCUCCUCCCGCUGUGGCCUGGACUACGGCCGUUUGCCUGCCCCCGUGGAUGGCCCAGCCGGCCCGGGACCUGAAGCCCUGUGCUUCCCUGAGCCCCAGGCCCAGCCUGACGGUGGUGGCCUUCUAGCCUUCAGCGUGCAGGACGGCAGCCCACCAGGCCUGGAUCUGGACAGCAGCCCAGUGCUCCAAGACUGGGUGACCGCCACAGACAUUCAGGUGGUGCUUACAAGGCCUACAGUGCUGGGGGACACGAGGGACGCUGCGGCCGUGGUUUCUUACUCUUAUUCAGCCACUGAGCUCCAGGUGGGCGGGCGCUGCAAAUGCAAUGGACAUGCCUCCAAGUGCCUGCUGGACACCCAGGGCCACUUGAUCUGCGAUUGCCGGCAUGGCACCGAGGGCCCUGACUGCGGCCGAUGCAAGCCUUUCUACUGCGACAGGCCAUGGCAGCGGGCCACUGCCCGGGAAGCCCACGCCUGCCUUGCUUGCUCCUGCAAUGGCCAUGCCCGCCGCUGCCGCUUCAACAUGGAGCUGUAUCGACUGUCCGGCCGCCGCAGUGGCGGGGUCUGCCUCAACUGCCGGCACAAUACCGCCGGUCGGCACUGCCACUACUGCCGGGAGGGCUUCUAUCGAGACCCGGGCCGUGCCCUGAGUGACCGCCGUGCUUGCAGGGCCUGUGACUGUCACCCUGUUGGUGCUGCUGGCAAAACCUGCAACCAGACCACAGGCCAGUGUCCCUGCAAGGACGGCGUCACUGGCCUUACCUGCAACCGCUGUGCCCCUGGCUUCCAGCAGAGCCGCUCUCCAGUAGCACCCUGCGUUAAGACCCCUGUCCCUGGACCGACUGAGGAGAGCAACCCCGUGGAGCCCCAAGACUGCGACUUGCACUGCAAACCCGCCCGUGGUAGCUACCGCAUCAGCCUGAAGAAGUUCUGCAGGAAGGACUAUGCGGUGCAGGUGGCUGUGGGCGCGCGCGGCGAGGCGCGCGGCUCCUGGACACGCUUCCCGGUGGCCGUGCUCGCCGUGUUCCGGAGCGGCGAGGAGCGCGCGCGGCGCGGGAGCAGCGCCCUGUGGGUGCCGGCUCGGGACGCAGCCUGCGGCUGCCCGCGCCUACUGCCGGGCCGCCGCUACCUGCUGCUGGGGAGCGGGCUGGGGGCCUCAGUCGGGGGGCCGGGGGGCCGGGGGCCCGGUCUCAGUGCCGCCCGCGGAAGCCUCGUGCUGCCCUGGCGGGAUGCGUGGACGCGGCGCCUCCGGAGGCUUCAGCGGCGCGAACGGCGGGGGCGCUGCGGGACGGCCUAACCCCACUGGCCGGGUGGGGGCCGGCGGGGCGGUUCCCACACAUCAAGGCGCACGUUCUUGCAGUG